CUAUUAAGCGCCUCCGGCCUACCCCUCACUCUCUGUCUUCGAUCUCUCGAGAAGACUCUGAUGUCUGAUGACCCGCGCACCAUUUUUUUCUCCUCUGCGGCUGUCGGUCUUCAUGAUGGCGAGUCGACGGCUUCUCUCUUCUGCCCUCUUGAGGUUCCACCGGUGUUCGUGCCGCUUGCCAUUCAUCCCUUCCACAGGGAUCGAGCCCAAGCUUGAUUUGGGGGACGCAUCAUCGAAAGAACCGUUUUCUUGUGAUGGGUACAAGGAUUUCCGACUUGUUUCCCAUUUUUCGACCAAUGUCAGAUUUUAUCGGCGAGCUUUCUCCUCUGAAGCCAUUGAGAGCUGCUGGGCCUGCGGCGCGUCGUCUCCGUUUCUUUAUUGUGAUUCUUGUGGAAGUAUUCAGCCUGUCGAUCCUUCCGUAGAUUACUUCCAAAUAUUCGGCAUGGAGAAGAGCUUCGAUGUUGAAGGCCACAGGUUAGAGGCUAGGUACAAAGAUUGGCAGAAGAAACUCCAUCCUGAUUUGGUCCAUACCAAAUCUGAGAAAGAAAAGGCUUAUGCUGCUGAACAAUCUGCUCGUGUAAUUGAAGGUUACCGCACAUUGACUAAGCCAUUGACAAGGGCAUCAUACUUGUUGCAACUCGAAGGUGUUCAUGUCGACCAAGAAAAAACAAUUUCAGAUCCUGAAUUACUCAUGGAGGCCAUGGAGAUCAGAGAAUCCGUAGAUGAAGCAACCGACGCCAAAUCUCUAAACCAUGUUAAAUCUCAGAUCGACAGCAAACUAGAACACUGGCGUAAUUUGUUUAGAAUUGCAUUCAGGAGCCGUGAUUUUGAAGAUGCUGUCAAGUCAAUUCAGAGGAUGACGUACUACGAGCGUGCCGUUGAAGAAAUAGUGAAAAAACUGUGAUGUUUCUCAUUUGGAUUACAGAGUUCAGGCACCUGUCUACUUCGGUUGUCUCGCUGAAGGAGGUCAGCAGUCCUGUAUGUGGGAGGCCGUGUCGAGGAUGGAAGACUGUACUGGUGGUCAGGACAGGAGUGUUGGAGAGCGCUUUCACAAACUGCCAUGAGAAACGAACAAAAUGCCAUCUGCUUUGAUCAUACCCAGGGAACUUAAUAUUCUCACUCUUCACUGGGGAAAAGAUUCCCUCUUCCAGCAUGAUAAACACGACAUAAUUGUAUUGAAAAAGUAAUUGAUAUUAAAUAUCUUCAGUUAAUAAUUUCCUGGGCGCAUGUUAUGCACUAUCCAUUGGGUCAUACUGACGUGAGUCCUACCUAGACCACUAUUAGGGAAGGAUUUCCUGUAUCUCUUUUGGUUGACUAAUUGUAUUUCUGCAUUGCGAUCCAAGAAGGAGAAUAUGUGUACA